UUAAGAAACUCCAUUUUUGUUUCUCAUUGAUAACUGGAUGAAUCAAAUCCAUACAUUUGAUACAGAAAUAAAUACAUUAAUAAAUGAAACUUCAAGCUCUGUGAGAUAAUCCUAAAAGCCUAAGCCUUUAAAAGUAGUUCCUUCAGACACAGCUAUUGAAUUUAAACACACGCAGAAUACAUGAUUAUAUUAUUUGUAUAUUAACACAUCUUUAAAGAAGGUAUGAAUUGGAAAUCGUAAGAGUAACUAACAGCUUGCCAUGUUCUAAAGCUGUAGUAAAUAAAGCUGUGAUAGACAGUAGACUAACAAGUAACAAAGCAAGAUAGACAAUAUACAGAGUUGGGGCCUUUUGUCCCAUGAAAAUUUAAUAUAUGAUAAUGAAUGACAAAAGUGGCAUUUAAAGUCGUCAGGCAGAAUGAGCUGUUCUUUCACUCAUGUAUUUUAUCUAUUCAGAAAAUGUUUUUCGAAGGCCAAGCACUAUCGCAGAUGUCAAGGAUCCAUCAGCAAACCAAGUGGACCACAAUUGCCAUUAUCAUGGAGUUUAAGUUGGAGUUGCAGAAUCUGAGAAGAAAUAGGUUGAAGAUGAUUCCCUGCCAAGGAGAACAGAAUGGAGCAGGUCGAUUGUAUGCAAUGCAAACUGGAAUGAAGAUUGAUAGUAAAACUCCUGAAUGUCGUAAAUUUCUAUCAAGGCUAAUGGAUCAGUUAGAAGCUCUUAAGAAACAGUUGGGUGAUAAUGAAGCUAUUACUCAAGAAAUAGUUGGUUCUGCACAUUUGGAGAAUUAUGCUUUGAAAAUGUUUUUGUAUGCAGAUAAUGAAGAUCGUGCUGGGAGAUUUCACAAAAACAUGAUCAAGUCCUUCUAUACUGCAAGUCUUUUAAUAGAUGUCAUAACAGUGUUUGGAGAACUCACUGAUGAAAAUGUGAAACACAGAAAGUAUGCAAGGUGGAAGGCAACAUAUAUUCAUAAUUGUUUAAAGAAUGGAGAGACUCCUCAAGCAGGGCCUGUUGGGAUUGAAGAAGAUAAUGUAGACGUUGAGGAAAAUGAAGAUGCUGGAGCCACCUCUCUGCCCACUCAGCCACUUCAGCCGUCAUCUUCAACGUAUGACCCAAGCAACAUGCCAUCGAGCGGCUAUGCUGGAAUCCAGAUUCCCCCUGGUGCCCACGCUCCAGCUAAUACCCCAGCAGAAGUGCCUCACAGCACAGGUGUAACAGGUAACACUAUCCAGCCUACUCCACAGACUAUUCCCGCCAUUGAUCCUGCACUCUUCAGUACAGUUUCCCAGGGAGAUAUCCGACUAACACCAGAGGACUUUGCUAGGGCUCAGAAAUACUGCAAGUAUGCUGGGAGUGCUUUGCAGUAUGAAGAUGUCAGCACUGCAGUGCAGAAUCUGCAGAAGGCCCUCAAGUUACUGACUACAGGCAGAGAAUGAAGCCUUUGUACAACAUCCAUGCAUUUUUGGCUUAAAGAACUAACAGUCCACUACUCUAUCUUCAGCCUAUCAGGAGCACAGUUUUAAGGAAGAUUUCAGUUCCAUUGACUGUAACAAUGAAAUCUGUGUCUGUGUAUCAGAUUCCUAUUGAAGUAUUCAUCAGCAGCCUCAUCCAGUUUUCAUUGUCCAUUUAGUGGAUCCAGUAGUCUCUGAGUAUAUAGCUCUCUAAUGUGAGCAAGGUCCUAAAAUGCCCACUGAACCCUGCUUGUUCAAGAAAUGAAAACACUUCUAUAAAAUGUAUUGGGAAUUAGCUUUGUAUCUUAAUCUAAAUAAAUGAAGGAAUCUUAUAAUCUAUAAUUUGAACAAACAGAACAUAAUCACUUUGCUAUAAAAGUCUGAACUUAACUUUUAAUAAAGACUGCCAGAAUAUUCUAGAUUAGAGAUCAUAUUUCUGUUUUCUCAGGAUUAAUUAAACAAAUAUGAAUGUUCUAAACUGUUAGAUGAAUCUGAAAGAGAUUAUAUUCAAAUUUCAGUUUAUACUCAAAUGUAGCUACACUAAAAAGUAAAAUGUUCAUGAAAGGAAAAAAUAAUGAAGUAAAGAGGUAGCAUCAGUUCUAGACGUAAGAAUAAUGUUGGUUGCUCAACUGUUUUCCCUUACCCGCUGACACUUAAGGUGAAUUGGUAUUUGCUUCCUAGGCAGUUUGACUGCAUGUAUUAGAGAAUGAAAACAAGAUAUUUGUAGUAAUGCCUGGAAACUUGGUGCUUUUGAGUUAAGGUUCUCCUCUGCUGCUAUGGAAUGGAUUCCAUAGAGUGUAUAGCUAUGAAUGAUGCAGAUUAUAAGAACAUGAUUCUCAGUUGUUAAGUUUAUAAGUUUUUUGUGGGGAAUUAUGAACUUACUGUGUCACCUGCAUUUGUGCUGUGUAAAAAAUAAAUACAAGGUUUCUUUUAACUAGUUUGACUUAUUGCAGAGCCAGAUACCAUUUUUGCAUGCUGAAAUUGUCACUUUUUUAAAGUCACAGUUUUAAAAAUGAGAGAAAUUUGGCAGAUGUACCUGAAAUUUAUCUGGUGUAUUUCAUUCAUUACACUAAUAUUUGGAAUCUUUUAACAUAGGGGUCAGCAAACUGUGGUCUAUGGGCUGGCCACUUGUAUAAAUAAAGUUUUAUUGAAACUGAAUUAUAUCUAUUUAUGUUCUGUGCGUGGUUGCUUUCCAUGACUACAGAAUUAUACAGCCUGCCAGUCUAAAAUAGGUACUACUUGCUCCUUUAUGGAAAAGUUUGCUGACCCCUGUUCUAACAGUCUGUUUGAAAGAAAAUGAAUCAUUAACUCAUAAUGUCUUUCUGUUUUUCUUUGCAUAAGUGUAGUGCUGUUGUGUAGAGUUUGAUAGAAUGAAUAUGCAGAAUAAACGGUUCUAAAUUAUUAUAAAAACAAGCCCCCCAAAAAUAAGCUUCCUGAAAACUAUUUUCAUAUCUUUCACAGCUAAAUUCUUACAACAUUUGUAGAGUUCAACAUUUGCAUCUGCAAUUCCAGGGUUCUGAUAUAGCUCUGUGGAACUUUAUUGAAAUAGAAAAAUGACUUGGAUGAUCUUUCAUGUUAUAAACGGUUAAUGUAAACUAUAGCUCAGCAAAUUUUAGUUCAGAUCCUAACAUGUCUGGCCACUGGGAGGAAAACUGUCACCUCCCAUUUCACACCCAACCUAUUGCUCCCAGUUGGGAGAGCACAUGGAGAGGAGAAGAUGCUAUGAAAACCAGAGAGAAGAGGGCUUUGUCAUAGCAACUCCUGUCUGUAAAAUGGAGGUGACACCACUAGCCACCUUAGAGUUCAAUAUGAAAAGUGAAAUACUGCACAUGAAAUACUCAGCAAAUAGCAUUCCAUAAAUGUUUAUUGUUAUUAACAGUAAUGUUGCGAUGAUAAUAUAAAUUGAUAAUUUCCUGAAUAUCAAGACAUCCCAGUUGUCUCUGCAGCCCAUUACUUUAAAAUGCUUUCUUGCAGGAAGAGAUUGAACUAUAAAGGUUUUUUAACUUUGUGAUUCUGCAUAUAAAAUCUGACAGAAGAAAGAAAUUUUCUGACAUAUCACUAGGGUUAAGUAAUUUCCAUUUGGUCAGUCAGCAUGUAUUUAUUGAGCAGCGACUAUGUGCCUGGUAUUGUUCUUUGCAUGAGGAAACAGCAGAAAACAAGAAAAAAAAAAAA